AUGGACUCGGCCUGCUCUUCGUGUGCCGACGUCUUGAGCCUCAUCGGCAAGGACCCUAAAUGGAAGUGGGUCGACAACGAGGAGGUACUGAAGCCUUUGAAAAAGGCGCGUGCCAGGGUCGAGGCGAUGAAGGAGAUUUCGUUCUGGGCUACCCUGGCGAUGCACGGCAAGGAUUUCCCGGAGCAGGUUCGCAAGGGCCUCGACGAGACGGUGGUGCGGAGGGAAAUCAAGAAGUUGGAUGAGUUCGAGAAGAAGGUUGCGUCCCUGUUGAAGCGCGCUGACGAGCUGAAGAACAUGCACCGCCAGCGCAUCGACAACGACGACGACGGGAGCGCCUCGCA